CCUCGCUCUACUAUUACAUAAUUAUCGCUUUGCUUCACCGCGAGGCGCUAGCGAUCGCCGGAUGAUUCAACGCGGAUUGAUGGACUCUCUUCAUCUUGGUGCUAAUCAUACGGUGCACCUUGCAAUCGUCGAGAUGCGGUUUAACCAACGUUAGAUUUGCUUGUUUGGUUCAAUAAUGGUAUUUCUAUGACAACGCUUGCUUUCGGGCAUUCUCUUUAGUUGCAAUUCUCUAUUUACAAAACUUUAAUAAUGGAUAAUCCGGUUCAGGUAAUGGAAACAAAUAACAUACCGCGAAAAGUACAAUUGGAAACGAACAGCACUUGUAACAGCGCAAAUUCCACCAUAAAUUUACCUUACAAUAAAAUUUGCCACCGUCGAUAUUUGAAUGCAAAGGUAGCGCAAAAGAAUCAAUUUCUCAAAGAAAUCGAGUUGGAAGAAUUGCUUCAAAACAAAGGCUUGGAUAGCGUCAGGAUUCAAAGAAUAUUCAGCGAUACCGUCAUAUCCAAACUCAAUCCGAAAGAUGCUAUUACGCUGAGUUCGAGGCAAAAGAGCAAGAUUGAGGAAAUCCUGAAGGAGCAGAACUUCAAGCAGAAUAAAUAAGUAGUACUAGUAGAAUCUUAUGUUAUACAUGCAAUUGAUUUUUAAAGAUACCUGUAAUACCUAUUUAUAAGUUAUUGAGUCAAUAAUAAAAGUUAAAUUUUUCUGAUUGAGCCUCAA